CUCAAAGAUGGCGGCGAUGGCGGCUGGAGAUGAACGUGCUGCAGCUGAAGUUUUGAGAACACUUGCCAGACAAUUGAACUGUCUGAACGAAGACAGCAAAAACACGAGAAAACGAGCUCUUGAGGCAAUCAAAAAAGAAACAAUCGAUAAAGGGCUUUCAAGCGGCGUGUUACAGGAGGUUUUCCACAGUCUUCUGAAGUCUCUACUGAAAUGCCUGUCAGACCCAAUGGAGAGAUGCAGGGAGACUGCUAUUCUCAUGAUUGGAGAGUUUAUUCGUUGUGUACCUCAACCGGAGGUUUCGUUACCGUAUCUAAUGCCCUGUCUGUCGCAGCGGCUCGGUGGAAAAGAGAUCCUGGAGCCAGCAGAAGAACUUCGGCUCGCCAUGAUGGAAGUGUUGACCCUAACCGUGGAGGUGUGUGGGAAGAAACUAGUUCCAUAUCUCGACGACAUGAUUAAGAUUCUGCAGAGAACUAUUGUCGAUCCCUUUCCGGAUGUCAAAAAGGAGAGCUGCAAAUGCACUGUCAACUUUGCAAAAUGUGUACCGGAACAUUUCCACAUGCAGGCAGAAAGCUUGGUCAAGCCUCUGAUGCAGAACAUCUCUCACCAACACUCCCGGGUAAGAGUGUCAAUCAUCCAGGCCACCGGGGCCGUCAUCCAGUAUGGCAAUGGAAAGAACGUGGAUGACGUCCUGUCGCACCUUGCUCAGAGGCUGUUUGACGAUUCUCCACUGGUGAGGAAGGCUGUGACUGAGGUGGUGGGUGACUGGCUGCUCCACCUCCGGGACAGGUACUCCUACUUCCACAAGCUCAUCCCCCUCCUGCUGAGCGGCCUCAGCGACGACAUCCCGGAGAUCAGGCUGCUGGCUGCAGACUUGUGGAGACAGACUGGCUCCCAGUGGGAGCAGGAGAACCAGGACGACCUGAAGGACAAGAUGGACUUCCUCCUGGCCCCCCCCGCCCUCUACCCUGCCGGAGUGGAGCGUCCCGGGCUGGGCUGCAGGGAGCUGGUGGUGAGGAACCUGUCCCGGGUGCUGCCGGCGUUGGCGCGGGACGUGACGGACUGGCUGGCGUCGACGCGGCUGAAGACGGCCCGCCUGCUGGCCGUGCUGCUGCUGCACGCCGAGGACCACCUGACCCAGCACCUGCAGCCGCUGCUGGCCGCGCUGUACCGCGCCGCCGCCGACCCCGAGGGCGAGGUGGUCACCCACAGUCUAGCAGCCGCCAAGCUCCUGGGCACCUUCGUCAGUCCCGAGGUCUUCCUCAAGCUGCUCCUGGCCCACGUGGAGACCCCCUCCUCCUCCUCCUCCUCCCCCUGGACCCCCCUCAUGGUGCUGGGGGCCGUCCUGGAGGGAUGCUCCGCCCCCCUGCUCAGGCCACACCUCCAGCAGGUGGCUGACACGCUGGCCCAGCCGGACGUGUGCCAGGGCUCCCAGCAGGGGGUGUAUCUGGAGCAGCUGGUGGUGUGUGUGGACGUGCUGCUGACUCUGUGUGGGCCCGACUGUUCCUCCGUCAGCCUGCAGCUCCUGCAGGUGCUGCUGUCGGUCCAGAGUCUGUCCCCGGAGCCCGGCCUGGCUGACAAGGCCCAGCAGAGUGUGAGGUGUGUGUGUGGAGCGCUGGGCCUGGCCUCCUUACCGGAGCUGUACCGGCAGCACAUGCCCCAGCUGCUGGAGGGGCUGUCGGCCUCCCAGAGGGGCUGGACCAGCCUCUCGCCCCAGAGGCUGCAGCUGCAGCUACUGGCCACACAGUCAGGUCCAGUCAUAGGAGAGUUCCUGCCCCUGCUAAUGCCCCUGCUGCAGAUCCUGGUCCACCCUGACAGAGACCCAGAGAUGAGACUGCACAUCUUCACCAUGCUGUCCAAGCUGCUGCUGGACGCCACCAACACACUGGACUCCCAGGGGAGCUUCAGGGGGUAUCUGGAGGUGUUCCUGAGGGAGGUGCUGCUCCCUAACCUGGUGUGGAGAGCCGGCCGCACCGCCGCCGCCGUCCGGACCUCGGCCCUCAGCUGCCUGCUGGCCCUGCUGCAGGGCGGGGCCGUCACCCCCACACAGCUGCUGUGUGUGGAGGAGCCCCUGAGGCCCCUGCUCCUGUCGGGCCUGGAGGAGGACUCCCCUCUGGCCCGGGGCCUGGCCUGCCGCUCCCUCUCCACCCUGCUGGCCCUGCUGGGGCCCAGCCUGCACCCCGACGCCCUCCACAAGGUCUACCCCGAGCUUCUGAAGCGUCUGGAUGACAGCAGUGUGGAGGUGCGCGCCGUGGCUCUCAAAGCCCUGGGCGUGUGGCUGUCCUGCCUGGGGAAGGACUACAACUCCCAGCUCUGUAGUCCUCACCUGGAGUUCCUGUUCCAGCAGCUGCUGCUGCACCUGGACGACCCCGACAGCCACGUGCAGGACGCUGUGCUGGAGGUGCUGAAGGCAGGCAGCCCCGUGCACCCAGCUCUGCUGAAGCAGGAAGUGGAGGCCGUGAGGGACAAACAGCGCAGCCCUGCCUACUGCGACCAGCUCCUUCAGCACCUCCAGUCUCUUCCCAGGGACGAGGCGUAGACACCUGGGGCUUCGACCUGGACUCGCACGCACGCUCUCAGACACGUGUUCAGACACAAUUACAUUCAGAUUUGAUUCGGUAGGUAUACACACGCGCACACACGCAUAUUUUGAUACACACCCACACAAGCGCGUUCUUUGACAGGAACUCGGGUCACACGAACGACCGCGACGACACAACCUCUCUCUCAUCUCCCGUUUGAGGUGUCGUCGUGUGCUUUGAGAGACGGUGGAAACAUUCACUGUCAAGUAGUCAGACGACCGUGUCAGAACUGUUCAAGAUCCAGCCGUUGUGUUUCCUGGGUUUGGAUUUGUUCACCACCCAAGUUCUUGCUCUGCGCAUGUUCGAACCCCAUGCAUCAUUUUAGCAUGAUUGUUUUGCAGGAUCCUUAAUUCAAUUGUGUUCUGUGCCUUGCUUUUAUCCCCUGUAUGUUUUUGGUCAAGAAAUCUUUUUGCUAUAUAAAAAAAAAAUAUAUAU